AUGAAUUAAUUCUGGAAUAGUAAAUUAAAUACUUUAGGAUAUGUCAGAAAUUAUCACUCUGAUUUUGGUUCAUCUAAUAUAAUCAAUCAUACACUAUAUCAUAAAUAUGCAUCUUCUCAAAAUUAUUACUUCACAAAAGAAAUUAAUGAUAUUUUAAGUAAAAACAGAACCCCAGCAACAAUUAAGUUUUAUGAUGAUAUUCAAUAUUUAGAGAAUGAGGAAUGCAUGUCCAGAGUGUAUGAUAUUGAUGAUUACUAAUCAAAAAUUUAAUUGCUGGUUGAGUUUUAUAAAUAUCACCAUGAUUUGCCUCGUUUUACUGUGGAAGAAGAAAUUAUCUAAAUUUUGAAUUUGUAUUACGAUAAAAAGAGAAAAUUGGAGUUCUAUAAAAUAUAGAGAUAAAUAGAAUAUGAAAAUUAAAAGAAUCCAGAUAAACCAUAAAAAGGGAUUGUUGGAGAUUAGCCUAUUGAAUCUUAAAGCACUCCACAAUCAGAUAUUAAUGGAGACUCUACGAUUAACAAUAAUGUAGAAAACAUUCUUUAAGAUGUCCUUAUAUAGUAGAAAAACUAAAAUUAAAUUUCUCAAUAAGAUAUAAGUUAAAUUACAAAAUUUUAGGAUGACUAAAAGAGUGAAAUUCAAUAAAUGCUUGAUAUUUUCAACCAAGGAAACCAAAAGAAUAUACAAAAAUAUUCCUUCUAAAAAAAUAGUAGUCCCUCUUUUAAUCAACUUCAUAAAUUAAAUGAGUAAAUGUUAACUCAAUCAAAUCAAAAAUAAUAUACUUUAUACCAAUAGAAUGUUCGAAUUCCUUUAACAACAAGACAUCCAUCUUCAUCUCUAAGCAGAAAUUUGAAAACAUCAUCUCAUGAAAAAAAACUAGAUAAUAAUUUUGCUUAUUUAUUUAAUAAGUGUCCUUAAAGAAAAAGAUAAACAAUGGAAAAUAAAAAUGAAAUCAAGAAAGAAUUCAAGAAGUCAGUUCCAAAUAUAAAAUCUUUGGGAUUAAGAAUCUUAGCAUGUCUAAACUAAAUAGAAAAGUACAAAUAAAAUACUAAAUGCAUAUCAUCACUAGAUAACAAAGAAAUUUAAAAGAUUAUAUUUUCAGUUCAUUCACCUGCUUAUUCAUCUAAUAUGAAUCCUUAUAAAGGUUCAUCAACUCAUUCCAUUAAAAUAUCUCAGUAAGUUAAUACAUAAGAUGAUUAUGUAAUUAAUUAAAGCCCAAUUAAUUUUCACACUACUUAAACUCCAAGAUCUAAUUAGGAUGGUUCUAAGCUAGUAAAAAGACAUUUCUUAGAGUAAAAACAAAAAGAUAACCUAAAAAAGCUCAUGGUUUAUAAGAAGGAUAACAACAUCAAAACUCAAAAAGAUUUACGUUUAAUCCCAAAACUUAAUCUUAAUAGAGUUAAUAACUUGAAUGUUAACUCAUGUUGUAACACUCUUCGAAUAAAUGGAUUAAAUCAAAAUAGUACUAAUCAGCUAACACCUAAGUCUUUCACCUUUAGAUCCAGAAUAAAUAACAUAAUAAAUUAGUAAAUAAAAACAAUCUAAAAUAAUUAUGUAAAGAACUCAGUCAAACAAUGA